AACAAGCGUUAUACUUGUACGGCACACGGCAGGCACACACGCGAAAAAAGCAACGUGGUCGGCGCCAUUUCACCUCGUUACCUCGCAACCCUAUCCUCUUCACACAAUGAAUGCCGCGGUGCGAAACUACGCCGCUUGCCACAACAGCAGUCAGCAAGCUCCGCUCGCCUUCCACAUCUCAUCCUGCGCAGACGGUACAAUUGAUCAUCAUGGAUGUCCAAUAAUUCUCCUCCAUCGUUGAGGUUCUUGGGGAACGUGGAGAACCUGGUUUUCUAGAAGCUCUCUCGCUCUGCUCUCUCUCCUCUCGCCUGCCCGUGCCCUUCCUCCUCACAGCUCACAACAUCCAUGAACGCCAUCAACCACAACAACAACAAUAACCGCUACAACAACGACAAGACGAUGACAACCCCUUCCAUCAAGAUUAACUUCCAGGGCGCUUCACGCGACGUGAACGUUCCGGCUCCGGUUUCGCUCGCCAGCCUCCAAGCGGCCAUCGCCGCCGCCUUCGAUGCUGAGCUGCCUGUCCGCUCCCCCGCGGGUGAGGCCGCCAAGGACACCGACCUGUCCUUCACGUACAAGGAUCCUGAUGGGGACGACAUCGUGUUCGACAAGGAUUCUGAGCUAAAGCUGGCCGUGCGCCUAUGCCCCAGCUCGCUCGAGAUCUCGGCUACCCUGAAGGAAAGCGAGCCUGCUAAGAAGCCCGACCCCGAAGCGAGGCUGUACAAGAUCGCCGCCCGUAACCUGCGCGAGUACAACGGCGUGCCCUCGAUGACCGCGCCCAAGCUCAUCAAGACCCUGGCUUUCCUCAAGCUGAACCCGCAACGCCUCGUGAAGCAGGGCCUUGCUCCCAAGGUCCUUCUGGCUCGCAUGAAGGCCGAAGCCGCCAACAACGCCAAGGUAUCGAAAGUUCCUCUUGGUGACGGCAAGAACAACGAGGAUCUCGCCGAAUCGGUCGCCGCCGGCAUGGAACUGAUGAGCGUGGAGGACGAUAAGAAGGAGUGGAACGACGGCUUCGUCUCCGCUGAGUCGGACGCGUCUGCUGCCGCGGUGCCCAUCACCGCCAAGACGUCCACCCCCGACAACGACAACGAGGAGGAGAACAACGACGCUGCGCCCGAGACCAAGAAGGACCUCAUCCACAAGGCAUUCAUCACCGGUGGCAUCCAGCUCCGCCCCCGCGAGGUCCGGCCCCUGCUCGUCGCCCUGGACGUCCGCCCCUGCCGGCUGGCCAAGCUCGGCCUCGUCGACGGCAAGGAUCUCCGCGCCAUGCUCCGAGCCGAGAAGAAGGCCGCCCACAAGCGUUGCGACCAUGGCAACAACAACGAUGACACCGCCGCCCUCCACCACCGGCGCCACCACCACCGCGACUACCACCGCCAGCAGCACCGCAUGGCCGGCCGCCCCCACCCCUUCGCCCCGCCUCCCCCUUCCCCCCCGGCUCACCAGGAGGUCGGCGACGCCAUGUUUGCCGCGCGCGGCGGCAGGGGACGCCACGGUUCCCCCCACCGCCACGGCCCCCCUCACCGCCACGGUGCGCCGCACCAACACGGCCCGCCCCCUCCGAUGAAAGGGAUGAUGCGCGGCGGCCGCCCCCACCCGUUCGCCCCCCCCCCUCCCCCGGCUCACAUGGAGGACCCCGGUGACGCGCCCGGUGGCGGAGGCGGUGGUCACCGCGGUGUCCCUCUCUUCCACCCGGUCCACCAGCACUACGCGGAGGUGUUCGACGAGGAUGAGAGAGGCCACCCCGGUGUCCACCCCCACCAUGGCCCUCCUCGUUGGAUGGCGAUCCGCAACUCUCACGGCGGUGGCUACGGCGGCGGCUACGGCGGCGGUGUUGGCCAGCAGCAGCGCAGGGACUUCUACUGGGGGUGAGCAUCUUCGUCACCGUCAAGCCGAAGGAGGAGCCUAGCCGUCUACUACCGUUCUGCCCUUGUAUCGCGUUUCUUGGCGCAGGAUUGAAGCACGGCAUGAGAGUAGUUGAUUUGGUGUAGCCUUUUCUUUCGGUACUAAUUGCAAUUGGGCAGAAGCCUCCCUCGGAAACACUGAUACGAGGGGUGGAGAGCGGAAGGUUUGAGUAGACGAGAACCGUUUCACCGUUUGGCUUCUGCACUCAUGCAAUACUACGAUAGGCGUAUAUGUUCGAAACAUCUUUCAAAAGUAAAACCGUCUUGGUUUGAUUUGAGUUCGGCCUUUCGUGGUUUCUUUGUUUUCUUCUGUGCUCUCGUUGUUGAGGGAGUCGUCUGUGUUGCGUGAAAGUGUAUCAUCGCUGUGCGACGCAAAGGUGUUGUAUUGGGUAAGAAGGGACUGCCGUGCACCCACUACUGCUGUCAGCAGCAGUGUUGUAUGAGGAGACAGCGGUCGGUCGUAACACCGGCGGUUCACAAGUGGAAGUGGCAUUAUGGAAGUCUCAGGGAGGCACACGUCGCGCAGCGGUGUGUCUAU